AUUCUUCUGCUCUCGCAUUACCGCGGUGGUCCAUGCUUCUUCGCCGCGCCGCAUCAGCACUGCUGAGGACCAGUGAGAUCCUGUCCGUCUGUCCCGUCUCUCCGGUCCCAUUUGUGCGGCGGUCACUCAGUUAUUUCCACAAAACCAGGCCGUUAUCAACCUCGGUCUGCCUGUGCAAGAAGAAGAAGCAGAGUUUGUGGCUGCAGCAGGCUCAAGAAGGACAAAGUAUGGACGGGAACAUAGAAGAAAUCUUGGCCCCUUUGAGGCUGGCUGUCAAAGAACAGGGAGACCUGGUGCGGACACUCAAACAGGAUGGAGCUCCUGAUGUGGAUGUCACCAAAGCUGUGGCUGAACUUAAAGCAAGAAAGCGAGCUUUAGAGGCGAAGGAGCUGGCUUUACAACCCAAAGAUGACAUUGUGGACAGAGCAAAGAUGGAAGACACUUUGAAGAGGCGAUUUGUAUAUGACCAGGCCUUUGCCAUCUAUGGAGGUGUAAGUGGCCUGUACGACUUUGGCCCUGUGGGUUGUGCCCUAAAGAACAACAUUCUGCAGGCCUGGAGGCAGCACUUCAUUCAGGAGGAGCAGAUCCUGGAGAUUGACUGCACCAUGUUGACUCCAGAGCCUGUUCUAAAAACUUCCGGUCAUGUGGAUAAAUUUGCUGACUACAUGGUAAAAGACGUCAAGAAUGGAGAAUGCUUCAGGGCUGACCAUCUCCUUAAAGCACAUCUUCAAAAGCUUAUGUCUGACAAGAAGUGUGCAGCUGAGAAGAAGGUGGAGAUGGAGAACGUGAUCACUCAGAUGGACAACUUUACCCAGCAGGAGUUAACCGACCUAUUUGUAAAAUAUAAUGUAAAAUCCCCCACCACAGGAAACGACCUGUCCCCUCCUAUCUCCUUCAACCUAAUGUUUCAGACGUCCAUAGGACCUGGUGGAAAUAUGCCAGGCUAUUUGAGGCCUGAAACUGCUCAGGGAAUCUUCCUAAAUUUCAAGCGACUUUUAGAGUUUAACCAGGGAAAACUGCCUUUUGCUGCUGCUCAAAUUGGAAACUCCUUCAGGAAUGAAAUCUCACCUCGCUCUGGACUUAUUCGUGUCAGAGAGUUUACUAUGGCUGAGAUUGAGCACUUUGUGGAUCCAAAUGAGAAGGUUCAUCCAAAAUUCCCCAACGUAGCCGACUUGGAUAUCAUGCUGUACUCUUCAAAGGCCCAAACAAGUGGACAGUCUGCACAAAUCAUGAAGCUCGGGGAUGCAGUGGAACAGGGAGUAAUCAAUAACUCCGUCCUUGGAUAUUUUAUUGGGAGGAUCUACCUCUAUCUUACUAAAGUUGGUGUAGCCAAAGACAAAUUGCGAUUCCGGCAGCACAUGGACAAUGAGAUGGCUCACUACGCCUGUGACUGCUGGGAUGCUGAAGCCAAAACAUCAUAUGGCUGGAUCGAGAUUGUGGGUUGUGCAGACCGUUCUUGCUAUGAUCUUCAAUGCCAUGCACGUGCCACAAAGGUCCCACUUGUAGCAGAAAAGCCCCUUAAAGAGCCCAUAUCUGUAAAUGUUGUGCAGUUUGAGCCCAAUAAAGGAGCUCUUGGAAAAACGUACAAGAAGGACGCUAAGCUAGUUAUGGAAUUCUUGUCUAUUUGUGAUGAAUGUUUCAUAACAGAACAAGAGAAACUGCUCAAUGAGACUGGCGAGAUUACCAUUGAGACUGAUGGCAAGACGUUCAAACUCACAAAGGACAUGGUCAAUGUGAAGCGACAACAGAAAACUCUUCAUGUGGAGGAAGUUGUUCCAAAUGUUAUCGAGCCCUCGUUUGGGAUUGGUAGGAUCAUGUACACCAUCUUUGAACACACAUUCCAUGUCAGAGAAGGCGAUGAACAAAGAACAUAUUUCAGCUUCCCUGCCACUGUUUCACCAUACAAAUGCUCUAUCCUGCCUUUGAGCGUAAACCAGGAAUUCAUCCCUUUUGUUAAAGCACUUUCUGAGGCAAUGACCAAAAAUGGUGUGUCUCACAAAGUUGAUGACUCUUCAGGGUCCAUUGGGAGACGCUAUGCCAGGACAGAUGAGGUUGGAGUGUCUUUUGGCAUCACCAUUGAUUUUGACACAGUGAACAAAACGCCGCACACUGCCACGUUGAGAGACAGGGACUCAAUGAGGCAGAUCAGAGCAGAGAUCACCGAGCUUCCAGACAUCGUCAGGGAUUUGGCCAAUGGUACAAUGACAUGGGCAGAAGCAGAGAGCAAGUACCCCAUCUUUGAAGGACAGGAGACCGGCAAGUUGACUGUUGAAGAGUAGAGCAGCUUGGCUGUCACAUAAAGGAACCUACAAUCAUUUUGUGUAUGCACCACAGGGAUGAAAAAUGCAACUAUACUGUCAUAAGCUAUUGUGGACUGGAACACUCUCUUCAGUCUCUACAAUGCCAUGUAUUCAUCGUAUUAACAGUCGUGGACGCUUGCACAGGAACUUUCUCUUAUGAGCAGCAUUUCAUUGGUCUUAUGUAUGAUUUGUUGUGUUUUUAAAAGAGGAAACUGUAACUUUGCUUUCUUCAUAAGAGGAACAAUACACCAUUCCAGGUCAUUCAGACUGGAUACAAAUAUUUAACUAUUUCAAUAAAACAAACCAGCACUUACUGGUGACUUGCAUUCAAA